AAGGCAUUUGUCACAAAUCGUCUGAACUUCAAGCAAAAUUACUGUUUCCGCCUCUAAUCUCCGCCAAUGGCACUGAAAGAAAACCAAGAGGAGCCUCCGAUCUCUGAAAACCCUAACGGCGACGAAGAAGGAGGAGAAGAAUCUCAGGCCGACGGCGUUGGCGACUUCGAAGAUGAAGAUGAAGAUGAAGCGGAGGAGGAGGAUGAGGAAGAAGAAGCAGGGAGCGAAAAAUCGAGAUUGGCUGAGGAUGGUAGCAAAUUGGAGAGCAUGUUCCGACGAUUGGCGAGUGAGAAAGUGAAGCUGCGAGUUCACGAUGUUCUGAUUAAAGGAAACACCAAGACCAAGGACUCGUUGAUCGAAGCCGAACUGGAAGCCAUCAAGAACGCCACUACAAUGCAAGAGCUGCUCAAGGCUGCUGGCAUCGCCAAUCAUAGGUUUCAUAGCUUCGGUAUCUUCGAUUCCGUUGGUAUUACGCUUGAUUGUGGUCCGCCUGAGCUCCCUGGCACUGUUAACGUCAUUGUUGAUGUUGUUGAAACUAAGAAUCCACUCACUGGUGACUUGGGCAUUUUCACCAAGCCUGAGGCUAGAACUUGGUCGCUUGAAGGAUCACUUAAGUUGAAAAAUCUGUUUGGAUAUGGAGAUCUUUGGGAUGGUUCUUUAGUUUAUGGUUGGGACCAAUCAUCAGAGAUAAGCGCUGGUGUUUCUUUGCCCAGAUUCAAAGGAAUGGUAACUCCUAUGCUGGCAAGAGUAUCUCUGCUUUCCCAAGAUUGGCUAAAGUUCUCCUCUUACAAAGAACGUUCAUUGGGCCUGAAUCUUGGCCUAAUUUCGACCAAGCGGCAUGACUUGACUUAUAAUCUUUUGUGGCGCACCUUAACGGAUCCUUCUCAAAUGUCAUCGAGGGCAGUAAGGAGGCAGCUGGGACAUGGUUUACUUUCAUCUCUAAAGUACACAUUUAGGAUUGACAAUAGAAAUUCAGUUUUGAGGCCAACUCAAGGAUAUGCUUUUAUUUCCACUUCUCAAAUUGGUGGCCUUGUACCUGAUUAUCGGAGCUUACGAUUUUUGCGCCAGGAGAUUGAUCUUCGUUGUGCUAUCCCUCUGGGAUUUUAUCGCACUGCACUCAACUUGGGGAUCUCUGGUGGUGUCAUUUUUCCAUGGGGAAAUGGAGCAUUGAGCAUGCCAUCGUCUCUGCCUGAGAGAUUUUUCUUAGGUGGCAAUUCCUCUCCAGUUUGCACCUUGGGAGGCCCAACAACAUUGUUGGGGUUUAAGUCAAGAGGACUGGGCCCUACUGAGCCAAGAAGACUAAUUAGAGAUAAAUCCAACGGUGAGAAUUCUGAAACUUCUGGAAGGGAUGUUAUUGGAGGAGAUCUUGCUGUUACUGCCUUUGCAGACCUUUCUUUUGAUCUUCCUUUGAAGCUGUUCAGAGAUGCUGGAAUCCAUGGACAUGUUUUUGCAUGUGCUGGGAACCUCACAAAAUUAACCGAGAAGGAGUUUCGAAAAUUUUCUUUUCAGAAAUUCUUGGAUUCAUUUCGAAGCUCUGCUGGAUUUGGAAUUAUUGUGCCAACCAAACUAUUCCGUAUGGAGGUUAACUACUGCUACAUACUUAAACAAUUUGAACAUGAUCAUGGGAGGACUGGUGUGCAGUUUAGCUUCUCUGCAACAUAAAGCGAGGAGGCUUCUGAUCCAUGUUUAUUGUUGGGCAACCUUGAGGUGACACAGAGACUGUCAUUUCAGGUGUAGUUGAGAGCGUCUCAGUUUUAGACAGACUACAUGUUUCUUUUGUAAUUUCAAAAUCAAGAUGAUGCAUACAGGGAAAAUAAGUAAAAUAACAUACCUCAGGCAUUGGUUCAGAUCUGGUUGUCUUUUGAUGCAGAAUUUUUGAAGAAACUGGGAAACGGUCUAAAACUAAACAUCCAAAGAUACUUUCCCAGUGAAUUUGACCUUUUCCCGUUACUCUGUUGGCAUCAUGUCAGAAUACUAUGGAAACAACAAUUUUUUAAAAAAAUAGCAUCACGGCAUUCUGGCAUUCUAUCCAGUUGAUAUGCCUUUGUUUCACUCACCUUUGAAUUGAAGGGGAAAAAAAUGAAAAUAAGAGACAUUCUGUUCUUUAUUA